AUGUCGAUCUCUUCCGCAAAGUGGGCGGAACUUUAUCACGCCAGCACGAACCCCAAACUCCACACAGAUCCUGUUCAUGGCAUAUACUUCAAUGACAGCGUUACUGGCACGCACAUAUACAGACAUACGCCAGCCAAGCCAAGGGACGAUAACUGGUAUGCAUGGAUGUACACCAAUGCAGACGAAACCAAAGUCGUGUGGGAGGUGGCGAGCGAUGAGAUUCAACCAGCCCAGGCGAACAUUUCGUCGAGCGGAAACUACUCCCUCUUGAGUAGUUACAGCUUCAUGAAUAGAGAUGUUCCAACGAUCUCUGUUCCUGGUUCCCCACCACUAUUCGUCUUGCCAAAGCCAGAAGCCUUCCCGCUGACCUACGAGCCCGCCUUCCAGGCGAUGGCGAUCAUGAACCCCAAUGUCCGCUUCAACGACAUCGACAUCGUCAUGAAUAGGGCGACGAUCCUUACACUCCUCAAAUUUGUCAAGGGCGUCUCUUUCCAGGCAUUUCAUCUGGAUCUCGACUUUGAGGGCAAUACCCUCUUCAUUGGCAGGAGGGUGCUCCAUGUAAAGGGGCACUCGAAGCCAGGAUCAUACGGCCGCAACUUCGAAGCCGCGCUUACGGAAAACGAGAUAGAGGGCGCAACAUCUCAACAUCGUAUGUUGCAAUACAUGCUUGGUCCUCUGAGCAUCGUAGUUCGGCACGAAGCAGAUGCAUACGAUCCAAGCGGUGCGCUGCAAGAUCCCGACGCUCCUUCCGACACCUAUCCCGGACCCAUCCCCAGCGAUACGAAAGGCAAGCUGGUUCCACAGCGCCAGGUCCUCGAGUUGAAAAGCAACGACAGUGCCCAACCAAAGGACCAGAUGUGGCUUGGACGCACACCAACUUGCUGCCUGGGAGGAAAACACAAGGCGGGCUUUGACGGAGUCUACAAGAAGACCAGCGUCAAGGUUAAGUCUAUCCUCCAGAAAGGGGAUGGUGGCUUUGAGGAAUGGGAGACAAAGAACCAAGAGAGCUUGCAGAAGCUCGUUGCGCUACUGCAGAUCUUGCGACAAAAGAUUUCGGAAGGGACGGAAGAUUGA